CGCCCGCAGGGGGCGCCAGAAAGACGCCUCCUGGCUCGCUUAUCCUCUUCCCACGUGAAAGGGGGCUGGGACGCAAAGAAUGCGGCCCGCCCAGAGCUGACGUGAGCUGUGCUGCCGGCCCGGAUACUUUAAAAGGCCGGGCGCUGCGUGUGGCAUCCUGGUAAAGCUGGAGAGCAGGCGAGCGGGCGUGCUGUGCGGCGGGAUCGCGGCUGUCACUGCGCCCGAGCAUCCCCGGGCUUUCCAGAGCAGACAAGCCGGCCGUGCUGGCAGCUACAGUUCUGCGCCCCUCGCAGAGCCCGCCGAUCCCCCUACAGGCUAGCGUCCAGGACUUAGCACAAAGCACGUUUCCCAAAGCAGCACAGCGAGCGCCCGACCGCGCGCCGGCGCACGCACCCCUACUUUCCUUUGUUCCCGGGGUCGGCGGCCGCUCUUCUCCCCACGUCGGAAUCUCCUCCCGGGGUGGCGGGCCGCCGAGUGCAGCUGCGAAGAUGCCCUUGGAGCUGACACAGAGCCGGGUGCAGAAGAUAUGGGUGCCCGUCGACCACCGGCCCUCGUUGCCCAGAUCUUGUGGGCCGAAGCUGACCAACUCCCCAACGGUGAUUGUCAUGGUGGGCCUCCCCGCCCGAGGCAAAACUUACAUCUCCAAGAAGUUGACUCGCUACCUCAACUGGAUUGGUGUCCCAACGAAAGUGUUCAAUGUGGGCGAGUACCGCCGUGAGGCCGUGAAGCAGUACAGCUCUUACAACUUCUUCCGCCCUGACAAUGAGGAAGCCAUGAAAGUGCGAAAGCAGUGUGCCUUGGCUGCCUUGAGAGAUGUCAAAAGCUACCUGACAAAGGAAGGGGGACAAAUUGCAGUGUUUGAUGCCACCAACACUACUCGAGAGAGGAGACACAUGAUCCUGCAUUUUGCCAAAGAAAAUGACUUCAAGGCAUUUUUCAUUGAGUCCGUGUGUGAUGACCCUACAGUUGUGGCCUCCAACAUCAUGGAAGUUAAAAUCUCCAGCCCGGAUUACAAAGACUGCAACUCGGCAGAAGCCAUGGACGACUUUAUGAAGAGAAUCAGUUGCUAUGAAGCCAGCUAUCAGCCGCUGGACCCCGAUAAAUGUGACAGGGACUUGUCAUUGAUCAAAGUGAUCGACGUUGGCCGGAGGUUCUUGGUGAACAGAGUUCAGGACCAUAUCCAGAGCCGCAUCGUCUACUACUUAAUGAACAUCCACGUGCAGCCCCGCACCAUCUACCUGUGCCGGCACGGCGAGAAUGAGUUCAACCUCCAGGGCAAGAUUGGGGGGGACUCGGGCCUGUCCAGCCGAGGCAAGAAGUUUGCCAAUGCCCUGAGCAAGUUUGUGGACGAGCAGAACCUGAAGGACCUUCGGGUGUGGACCAGCCAGCUGAAGAGCACCAUCCAGACGGCAGAGGCGCUGAAGCUCCCCUAUGAGCAAUGGAAGGCGCUCAACGAGAUCGAUGCCGGUGUGUGUGAGGAGCUGACCUACGAAGAGAUCAGGGACACCUACCCUGAGGAGUACGCGCUGCGUGAGCAGGACAAGUACUACUACCGCUAUCCCACAGGCGAGUCCUACCAGGAUCUGGUCCAGCGUCUGGAGCCUGUGAUCAUGGAGCUGGAGCGCCAGGAGAAUGUGCUGGUCAUCUGUCACCAGGCUGUGCUGCGCUGCCUGCUGGCCUACUUCCUGGAUAAGAGUGCAGAAGAGAUGCCCUACCUGAAAUGCCCCCUUCACACUGUCCUGAAACUGACACCUGUCGCUUAUGGUUGCCGUGUGGAAUCCAUCUACCUGAAUGUGGAGUCAGUGAGCACACACCGGGAGAGGUCAGAGGAUGCAAAGAAGGGACCUAACCCGCUCAUGAGACGCAAUAGUGUCACCCCACUAGCCAGCCCCGAACCCACCAAAAAGCCUCGCAUCAACAGCUUUGAGGAGCAUGUGGCUUCCACUUCUGCUGCCCUGCCCAGCUGCCUGCCCCCGGAGGUGCCCACGCAGCUGCCCGGACAACCUUUGCUAGGGAAGGCCUGUCUAACAUGAAAGGCUCCCGGAGUGGCGCCGACUCCUCCAGGGAACACUGAAGCAGACAUAUCCGGUUCCGUUCCAUUUCCACUUCUGCAGCUUAGCUUGUGCCCACCUGUCUGCCUGAGGCCAAAACAAUCCCCAGGACUUCUGGACCAGGCGGGGGUGGAUGAGAAGGGGAGACUGCUGGCUGGAGAGCAGCUGUACCCAUGGUUCCUGGAUGGCCAAGGAGACAACAGCCACGUGGAUCCCUGCUCAGACCACGAGCUGUGGGCCUCCCCGCCCUCUACGCUCCCGAGGCUUCCAGGGUGUCUGGCUUCAAGUCCUUCCACCAGGCUUGAGGAAGACAGUUUAUAGAGGAGGAGGUGGGAGGUGGGACCCCACUGGACCCCACUAUUUGGUUUUGUUUCUGUGAUACUGGCCUGGCAUUUGCCUAGCUGGGGAGAUUCGACUAGCAGAGAAUCCUGAAGUUAAAGGAGGGCAGAUCCUAGCUGCGGAAGGUGGAGACUCACUUGGCUCUUUGGUGCAUCUUGGCCUGGGAAGGUGCCUCAUGGAGAGAGACUUGGAUGCAUGCAGAGUUGGGACUUCUGAGAAGUCCCUGAGCUGAUGUUCAUCUGUCAACAGAGCAGUGACGUGCUCAGACUUCCUGAACGUCCACCUGCCUCCGCAGCCCUGAGUUCAAGGACAGACUGGCUGUGUAGGCAAAAGGAGGUGUUUUGCGAAAACGCAACAGAUGAGCAGAGCUCCUCCUCCCCCCACCCCCAGGGGCCUUGGGGUCCCUUUGUUUCCUACGUGGACCUGGAGGUGCCUGAGUGCAUUGCUCUCCCGGAGCUGCUUGGUUUUGCACGUUUUAAGGUGACCUGAAAGUCAUACCUCUUCAGGACUUAGAGGCUGGGGCGUUAGGCCCUCGGGGGCUUGGAGCCUCUGGAUGUGAGGAGUCGGGCAGACCCAUGAGAUGGGGAAGCUCAGAGCAUUUGCAUCAUCGCAAGACCAACUCUGUGAUGGCAUGGAGAAGAGCCAGCCUUCCUCCUUCUGGGUGCUUGUCACCACCCAUGUCCCUAACUGGGGUCAGUGGUCCCAGGUAGGCCCAUUUCAGGCUGCUUCCUCUAAGAGGUUGUCUGUCAAGUGUCUGCUGUGUGCCUGGCACCACUCUGGGCACCUUGGGGAUUUCAAGAGUGGAAUGUCAUCCUUGCCUUGCGUCGAUGGCAUCUGUGACAUGUUUGCAGGUAUUGAGUGUAGGGCUUAUGGGACAUGUGGUUCUAGAUACCUGUAGUUUCUGUCUGUCAGUUUCUCCUCCCUUGUUGCCUCAAAAAAUGGGGUAGGAGAGGGUAUCUUACAGAAGAAACUGGAAACUUGGCAGUACAGUUUGUCCAAAUGACCCUUUAAGGAUGUCUCAAAGCUGGUGCCAAAGGUCACUUUUCUUCCCACCUUCUGCUGUGGAUCCUGGGACCAUGCCCUUUAAGGGGACAAGCCUGGAGUGAGGGUGGCGGCCCAGACACCUAAAGCUGAGCAUGGAGAGAAGAGCUGCUUUGUUCGUUGAGAGGAGCCCUUAGAGACUGCAUGUUUCCCUAACUGUGAUUAAGUGGGACACGGGGACACGCUUCAGAUACUGCACGAUUGAGGUUCGUAUUUUUCACACCUUACCCUUCAAUUCCUUCCUGCCUACCCUAUCCCUUUUUAAUUGGCAGUCUUCCAGAGAGCAGGACUAUCUAGGUGUACAGUCCUUACAGUGUAAGACUUGGGGUCCUUCCCUUCCCCAGUAUCUUGAGUCACGUCAGGUUGUGUGUGCGGCACAUGCAUGUGCAUGAGUAUUUAGGCUGGUCAUAUUUUUGGACCUGAGAGCCCUGUAGCUUUGCACCUGAGGGUGGUCUUGUAGCUGCCACCCUGGCCCUAUCCUGUAUGAGCUGAUACAGGUAGGGACUCCAUGAGGGUGUGUUCCCCUCUCACCCCUGGGGACCCGGAAUCACAUGAAGAGGGUUUUGCCUAACAUAGGACUACAGUUUGGUGAGAGAUUAGAUGGGGAGAGCAUGUGGAUAAGGUCAGGGAGGGGAGAUCUUGGAGAAGGGAGAAUUCUGCUUCAUUUGAAAGCCAGUAACCUGACUUUUGAAGGGGUGUCGGCUGGUGGGUACAUCUGACAUACAGUCAUGGAACCUCUGUUUCUCCUUACCCCACCCCCAACCCCAACCCCCCCAAAAGAAAACAAAACAAAACUGGGACCAAUUUUUUAAAUUUUACGCCAUAUUUGUUUUUUGGGUAAGUUUCCCCCUUUCCUUUGACCAUGGGCAAAGCAUUUUGGGGAAGAAAAACUGUUUGAACCACACCAAUGAUAUUUUCGUUUGUAAUACUUGAAAUUUAUUUUUUUAUUAUUUUGAUAGCAGAUGUGCUAUUUAUUUAUUUAAUAUGUAUAAGGGAGCCUAAAAAAUAGAAAGCUGUAUAGAUGGGGUUUAAUUGUUAACGGUUUUGGGGGCCUCUUAUGUGUGACUUAUGACUCCUGUGUUCUGUAUAUUUGUCUGAAUUAAUGACCUGGAAUGAAGCUGUGCUAGCUUUUAAACAGGAGAUGCCUUUGAGAAAUUUGUAUAUUUUGCAUUUGCGGAUCAAUAAAAAUAACUGUUUGAAAUACA